GUAUAAAGAAGAAGAAAAUCAGCUAAUCAACCAAAACUGAACAUACGUCUUGUUAAAUUCAAGAAAAACACAAAUGAGUGCGCCGCGAAACGUGAAAAUUGUUGAGAGAAAUAUAUAAAUAAAUAAAAAAUUAAACAAACUUUGAAGUAGUAGAUUAAAUCAUUAACUUGUAAACAUUUUGAGACUUCAUUAAUAUAUCUUUGUCAGAUAUUGUAGUCAGCAUUAUGGAAUGGCACGACAUUGAAGUUGAUGGCCGGCACACAGUGAAAUUCACAGAUUUACCGUAUGUGCCGUUAACGAGCCCCCCUCAAUCAGCAGAUGCUGAUGAAUUGUUUAUUGGUCAAAAACUAGGCGGUAUAAUACGCCAUGGAGAAUGGGCUUGGUUGGCAAGAAAUUCGGUAUUACAAAUAGUUUCAUUGCGCAAUGGCCAAACUAUUUCCAGUUAUGAGUUUUGUGAAUCCCGUGGUUAUGAAAGCUGCUGCAUUAAAUCCGUUGAAGAAAUAUUUCCCAACAAUCCCGAAGUCAUGCUAUUGGCGGUAGUUUUGGAGAGCUUUCGUGGGCCAGGUGGCGGCGGCAGUUAUGUGGCCCUGUACUCGGUAGAGCUGAGUAGUGUUUUGAGUAGUAUUGAAUUAAGUUUACACAUUACUUGUGCCCGCUUUAUGGAUUCGUCCGCUUGUCGUCGUAGUCUCUUGCAAAAUUUUGAUGGAUGUCUGGCUGUUGGAAGCGAAGAAGGCGUUAUUGUUUUAUUGGAUUUGAAUGUUGAAAAAAUAACGUCAAUUCAAAAUGAAAUGCAAGAAGAUAAUUUUGUUCCAUGUCAUAUUGUUGACUAUAGUUUGCCCUUAACAGAAAUUCAUCGCAAUUUUCGUCAGUGUCAACAAGAUGGAAUACAUUUUGGUCUGCAAAUGGAGGUUAUCGAAAGUCCUUGUUCAAUACAAUGCAUACUGCCAAUAGAUUUGAUAUUGGGUCUAGCAAUAGGACUGGAAGAUGGUCGCUUGGCAUUGUAUGAUUUGGCUGAGUUGCAAAUAUUUUAUGUUGCCUUGCCUAAGCCAGAGGUAACGAUGUCGGCAUUAGUUAAAAUGGAUUUUCUUGAGCCUCCGGAUGAUCCACGACCAUGUCUGUAUAUAUGGACACUUCAUGAAAAUGGUGAAAACUUGCAUGCCGUAUUGCACAGUUUAAUGUAUGAAAAACGUUUAAUGGAGGAAGAUGAAUCUAGUACAUAUUUCGAAACAUUUCAAACAAGUUCGGUUCGUUUGCAAUUGCCUCUGGAGGCAACUAAAAGUGUAGCUUUAGCAUGUCAAGCUAUAUCUACCUUAUCCAGCCACGGCGAAGAUGAUUCGAAUUGUUUGUGUGCGAUAUCGUGGUUUUCUGUAUUGGAGGAUAAGAAUAAACUAUUGAUUUUUGAUUUAAAUCAAUGGUAUAAGGAAGAAAUGCCUUUUGUGCUUGAAUAUGGAAAACAUCCAAAUUAUUUGGCUGGCUACAUAUUAAAUGGAGAAUGUACCGGUUUACAUACUCUGCUAAAUUCCAAUAAUAUUGCCCAUUUUAAUUCAAUGCAGAGAUUUGAAGAACACUUUUAUCCCAACUCUUUAAGUUUUGAGGGUUCUUUACUGCAUACCGAAGGUUGUAGGCGUUACAACUGGGAAGGUGCUCAAAAUAGGGUAAUUAAUCUAUUAAGGUCCAGUAAUGCCGCCAUCUUUUUGGAACCAAAUUUUUAUUUUAAUGAAAUUAUACGCACACGCUUGAUGCCUCAAUUUAUAGAGUUGAAUUUGAACUCUACGUUUUCUCGAAAUGCCAAAUAUGAAAUAUUAUUGUCAGCUGCUCUGGAGCAUAAUUGUGUUAGCUUAUUGCGAGAUUGUGCCAAGUCAUGGAUAGAUGGGAGUUUUAUGGGUAAUUUUUCAGCGUCGACCGGUUUGUCGCUGUCCACCCUAACUGACUGGUUAUGGAAAAGAGCUACUAGUAUAAAAACAAGAUGCAAUGAUCUGUGCAAAAGUCUUUUUGAAUUUGGCGGUUAUCCUUUGGAUAGCAGAGAACAAAAAGAACUUGGCUUCAUAACAAGACAACUAAAAUUGUUAUCUGAUCUUUUGAGAGAAAUUUUGGUUUAUGCCAAAAAACAGAUACCCGAGAGAGUGUACAGCGAUUUGGAAAAUAAGCACAGUUCUUUAUGCAUGGCUUCCAGUUAUCAGGAUAUUUUGUUGUGGUUACUUAAUAUAGGUCUUUUACCUGAAGCUUAUCCGCAUAAUGAUAAAAUCAAUGCUGGCAAUGAUCUAGUGCCCUAUCCCUACAAGGAACUUAAAGAAUUGUAUAGAAAUAAACGUUCGUUUUUCGCCAACAUCAACGAAACUUUUAUAUCGAAAAAAUCGGGCAGUUGCAAGCUACUCUUUAUUGACUCGUUUAUCGAACACGUGUGCAAAGGAAAUAUAUUACAUGAGUAUUGGUUGGAAAAUGAAGGUGAUGGUUUGUAUCCCCCCAACUCGUUGGAAUCUAUGCUACGUGUCAUGCUGGUACCCGAUUUGGAUUACGAGAAUAAGUGUGCCAUAAUGUUGUAUUUCUUUUUGGACUUGAAUAUGGCCAUUGAUGAGGAUGCCUAUAAAGAUGUGGUGGCAAAUUUUAUAAAAUUUCCCAGUGUAUUUAAACUUUCGGCCUCAUUGAUCAAGACGGUGCAGGCUUUUUGGAAUCUGGACCACGAUCAAUUUCUGCCGGCCGUAGAUGAGUUCAUUUCGCCGUUCAAUAAAAAUCAAUGCUAUCCUCAGUGGCAAGUUGAGUUGCUUAUCGAAGUGUUGUUAAAUCAAAAAGCCAGCAAUUUGGCUUUAAGAAUUUUAGAGUCUCAGCCUUCCCUAAUAUCGCCACUGCUUAAGUUGAAUACAUUAUUGGCCAAUGAUCUUAUUUCAGAAGCCUUUCAUUUUGUGCGUUCCAAAAAUGAUGAUUCACUCUUGGAAAGGUUUUUCACUUGUUGUCUUUGCAAUGGUCAGUUUGGUGUUAUAAGGGAUUUGGCCUUGAGUGAAAGGGAAGGUUUAAUAUUACAAAAUAUUUUGAAGAAAAGUAAAGCUCCAGGUGCCGAAAGUCUGCAUUUUGUUUAUUUACUGCAAAAAUCAAAAUAUAUUGAAGCCGUCUCCUACAUGGAUGAGCUGUCUAAUAAACCGAAAAGUUUAAAAAGUUCAAUGCAGCAUGAUUCACAAAUGGAUACUCCAAAUUUGGUUCUGUCUGCAUUCAACACUACUAUGACUCCCGUUACACAGGGUUUGACAGAUGUUUAUUUUCGUAUAAAAAAUAAAAUCAAGAAAAAGGAAGUCGAUAACAGAUCGCCAGUUCCUUUAAGUUGUCAGCUCAUUAAACAAAAUGCCAACAGUUUAUUGGGGGGAAUUUAUCACAGUUCGGCUUUAAGUGCCCAUUUCGCCACCUAUUAUUGGGGUGAAAUGGAAGAACAGACUAAACAGGCCAAACACUUGCUAAAUUCGAAUAAUGCUCCCUUCUUGAGGAGACCACAGAUCGACACGAAUUGUAUUGAUUAUUUGACCCAAAAUAAUAUAUCUUAUCCUCAAGCCUACAAAGUCACCGAAAAACGUACAUUGGUGGAGAGUGAAGUGCUGGAUAAUGAGAAUGAUGAAUUCGAAAGACAAAAGGUUGAACAUAAAUUAAACCCCAAGAAGAAACGGCGUUUAAUAGGUCAAGAAAUUGUCGACGAUUUAUCACACUUUAUGAAAAUGAACAAGACUUCGAACAAUUUAAAUGCUUCGGAGUUUGCAUUUGGUCCGGAGCAAACUAGUCAAACAUUAGAGCAAACUAGAAAAAAUUCUUUGGAUUUACUGACACGACCCUUACUGACUAAACCAGCAGGUCAUGGUCAAGAGGUCGAAGAACUUGCAACAACUAUGCCAGAAAUACAUGGUAUUCUGAAGACCAAUACACCAGAACCAGGGCAGCUGCAACGAGAGCCUCCAGUGGAAGAAGAGAAGAAUUUACGUUUUAGACUUCCUUCUGCAGAUGCAAGCACCACACAAAUAAAUAUUGAGGUGACACGAAGUGAAGAUACACUUGAACAAAUGGAAGUUGCUCAGGAAGAGGAGGAAAAUAGGCCUUGUUCAUUAUCAGUUUCGCCGAAAUUCAAACAAAUUUCCCGGGCUGUGUCAGAGGAGUCAAAUAAGAGCUCUGUCAGUUCAAGCAACCAAUCGGAGGAGAAUUUCUAUUCACCAUUGUCAUCCCAAAAUAAUUCUAAAUUGGAUUGUUCAAAUCUGAGUAAAUAUAGUUUCAUGAGUGGGCCCCAAAAAAGAAAACCCUUAGCCAGACUCUCGGCCGAUCGUUCGGAAAAAUCUCUAACACCCGAACCUGAAACAAAAUCCACAAAUUUAACUUCCCUUAACAAAUCAAGUAAUUUGGGUUAUGCUACCGCCUUGGAAUCGGCCCUAAAAUCCAGAAUUUCGCCCAGGAGAUCAAUAGAAAGAUCUAGCUCAGAACACUUGGACAAAUCUGUUACAAGAGACCAAUUUGUUGUAAGAAAGGAAUCCAGUAAUGCUGCCUACGUAACUGCUUUUGAUACACAUACCAAAACUAUGUCAUUUGCCUCGUCCAGCUUAAAAUUACAAGUAACUCAAACAACCAGUGGUUUUGGCAGCAUUGCCUCACAUAGCACUUUUGCAGGCAGUAAAAUCAAUGAAUUUUUGCCAAAAGUGUCUUCAUCCAAGGUUGGCACCACCCCUGUAAAAACUAUUGAUGAUAAUAAACCACCAUCCCCAACCAAACUUUCCGAAUGUUCAACAGUAUUGGGUUCUUUAACAACAUUCGAAUGUACUAAUACCGGUUCAAAUAACGUAUUCGCUAUGCCCAGCAUGCCCUUGGAAAAAAAUAAACCAAGCCUUGAGAAGCCUACCGAAGAGCAGCAACGCCAAAUGUUAGAAACCACAUUAGGCAUGAGUACGUAUGAUUUCUCCAUAUUGGAUUCUACGUCUUUGCAACAAACUAAAUCAUCUCUAAUGGUAACAGCAAAAGAUGUCUCCUUCAGAAGAGAAACAUCCAAUACAGCUGACAGUAAAAAUUCAGAAUUGGCCGAAGAAUUAAAUGAACAAAUGGAAUGCGAAGAACAUGAAGAAGAACAAAUGAAGGGAGACCCUGAACUAAAGAAGGAACAUUUGAUUGAAAUACAAAAGGAAUCAAGCACAUUUGAUUUUAGGGAAGAAUCCAAUGAUGAUUGUAUAGUAUUAUCGUCAUCAUCUUCAUCAGCUUCUCUGCCAGAUCACGAAGAAGAUGAUAGUGAUAAUGAUAGAGAGGAGGGUGGACAUGAUAAUGAAGACGAAGAAAAUUCCGAACUUGGAGAGAACAUCGAGAGCGAAGAUUAUGAUGAAGAAGGAAAUGACGAAGAAUUAUCAAUCGACGAAACAGACAAUCCAACAGAUACCGAAAAUGAGGAUGUCAUACAACUUAUAGAAGAUUCUUCAUCAGAUGUACGGCAACCAGAAACCAACUAUUAUGAUGAAAGUGACAGUGAUGAUGUCAAAGUGGUAGAAGAUGAGCCAACGCCUCUAGCGAUUGAAAAUAUUGAGAAAGCAGACGACAAGCUGUCUGUUAUGGAGAAAGAAGAAACUAAGGUCAUCUCUACUUAUAUUAUUCAAGAAGAAAAAUCGGAAGUGAUUGAAGAUAAACAUGAAGAUGUGAAUGAUGUUGAAGUUGUAGAAGUUGCAGCCUUUACUAUAAGUGAAAUACCAUCAUCGCCGGCAAACAAGUCUGAAAUACACGAUUCGAAUCCUGUUGAUGAUUCCGAAAAAAUAUCAGGAGCUUCAAAUAAACCAUCUGAAGGAGACAUACAGAUAAAUGAAAACGUUGGUACGUCCACAACUGAAAUUAUGAAUGAAACAGCAGCUGAAACAGAUAAUGUAAAACAAGAUGAUAUUAUGGAUACAUCUGUUAUUUCGGGCGUCGCUCAGGAAGAUCAUGAGCCGGUAAAAAUGCAGAAUAAAGAAGAACUGAAUGCAGAAACUGCAAAAGUGUUGUCUAAACCACACAUUUCAGGCUCGAAAGAUAUUAACACAGAAGAGUUUUUAUCUGAAAAUAAAGAUCCUCAAUUAUCAAAUUCAGAAAAGGUUGAAGAAUGUGUCGAAAAACCCGAAGUAAUCGAAGAAGAACCAAUAUCCUUAAUAAUGGAAGACUCAAUGGAUGCUUCAGAUUCCAAUAAAGAAAAACAAAUUGAAAUUAAACCCACAGAGGAAACUAAAGUAGAUACAGCAAGAGAAGAGGAAGAAAAAUCGGAAGUAAUCAUUGAGGCAGAUCAAAUAAAUAAAAAUGUCGAUGAGAAGAACGAGGAAUUAAUGGUUAAAGAACUGGAAGUGGCUAGUACGUCCAUAUCCACGCCACGCAAAUUACGAAAUUUAAGGGGUUCAUCAGUACCUCCUAUUGACUUGGAGCUUAAUGUUGCAGCAGUUCAAUCACCACGCAGAAAUUCACGAGGCAUAUCUGUUCCUCCGCAAAGUACCACUGAAUCGGAAGAGUUCUCCAAUCUCACCCCACGCACACGUCGCAGUGUAAGAGCGAGUUCUUUGCAACCAAAAUAUAAAAUGGAUGAUAUUGAAACGGAAACACCACGCAAACGUGAGAAAACACAAGAGGCAGAAAGUCCUUCAGCAAGUUCAAGAGCAACACGGGGAUCAUCUGUUCCUACCAAUACGGUAGCUGGUAAAAUAUCUACACGUCGUCGUUCCGUUUUAUUGGAUGCAAUUAAUGAAGAUCCCGCAAGCCUGGAUUCUCCUUCAACACGUACUCGUUUAAGGUCGCGUCUAAAUUCGAUGGAUAGUGAACUGGAUUCAUCAAUUGUUAGUGCUACAGAUCAGUUAGUGCAAUCUAAACGUUCCCGUAGGACAUCCAUAUCAAGUAAUAUCUCCGAAUUGCCUCUAACACCCAAACGCACAAGACGCAAUAGCAUUAGCUCCCAGCCGGAAACUAGUGCUGUACUUACACCACGCACUCUAAGAGGUCGUAGUGUUCUAUCUGUGCAUGAAGAAGACUCUGAGAGCAUUCCAGCCUCGCCCAGACCAACUAGUAACAAACGAAUUGGCAUCAAACGUAAAACAAGUAUCACCGAAGAACCAUCUACUGAAAGCCAAGAGCAAACUGAUCAAAUUUCACCCAAAAGUGAUCAUUCACCAGUUUCUGAAGUUUCAUAUUCUACAUCACGUCGACUGACACGCACUCAAUUGGCCAUUAUGGAAAAAUCGUCGGCAUUAUCACAGCAAUUUGCUCAGAACGCAGUGGCUAAAGAAUCAAACACAAUUUCUCCGCCUCUCAACAAACGCACAGCAAAAUCGCGUUCUACACGUUCAUCCAACGCUCAUGCCGAUAGUGAUGAUGCAGAAUCGGUCUCAUCAAAAAUUAGCACAGCCUCGAGUGUGACUGGUACCAAACGUCGCGUAACAAGAAGAUCCAUUAAAGAAAAGGAUGAAAUUGAAGAUGAUGGGGCUAGCAUUGCAAGUUCCGUUGGUAGUGAAAAGCAUCAAAGACCUCGUCGUUCGAAGGAUAAAAGUUCACCUAAUACGACUUUAACUGCCAUACCAGAAGAUGGACCCGUUGAAACAAAGAAGCGAGGACGACCAACCAAACACUAAAAUAUUGUGGGACAUUUUUUAUUGUAUUACAAUAGAAUCGGAUGUUUUCAUCAUAUUUUUUAUCUUUAAUGUUUUCCUUUGUAUUUUUAUUAAAAAUUUUCAAUAAAAUACAGCCGUUUUAAUAAACAUACAUACAUAA